ACCUACCCGCGCUUUUAUCAGUCGAACAAAGCAAAAAUCAGCGGACAUGAAUUUGUUUUUCAUGAAGGCAAUGUGUACGACAUCACAAAUUUUGCACUUGUGGAAGACAAAAGUGCAUUCAAGAUAACCAAAUCAAUUCACAAGUUGAUUUUCUAUAAACAAACUAAAACGCAUGAGAAAGUUGAUGACGAGUAUCCGAGGUUGAUGUUCGAGUUCAAGCAAUUCAGCGAGCUAACCGUCCCCGAAACGAUUGAUUCUUGCACACCUUUUGACAUAAUUGUCCGUAUUGUUUUAACCUACCCGCGCUUUUAUCAGUCGAACAAAGCAAAAAUCAGCGGACAUGAAUUUGUUUUUCAUGAUGUGAAGGGCCAGCGUAUAGACGGCUGGGCACCCGGAUGCUUAUCGCAAAAGUUUAAGGAAUUUAAUCUUCUUGAAGGCAAUGUGGCCAGCGUAUACACGGCUGGGCACCCAGAUGCUUAUCGCAAAAGUUUAAAGAAUUUAAACAUCUUGAAGGCAAUGUGUACGACAUCACAAAUUUUGCACUUAUGGAAGACAAAAGUGCAUUCAAGAUUAACUAAAUCAAGUCACAAGUUGAUUUUCUAUAAACAAACUAAAAAGCAUGUGAUAGAUGAUGACGAGAAUCCAAGGUUGAUGUUCGAGUUCAAGCAAUUCAGCAAGCUAACCGUCCCCGAAACGAUUGAUCCUUGCACACCUUUUGACAUAAUUGGCCGUAUUUCGAACAAAGCAAAAAUCAGCGGACAUGACUUUGUUUUUCAUGAUGUGAAGGGCCAGCGUAUACACGGCUGGGCACCCGGAUGCUUAUCGCAAAAUUUUAAAGAAUUUAAACUUUUUGAAGGCAAUGUGUACGACAUCAAAAAUUUUGCACUUGUGGAAGACAAAAGUGCAUUCAAGAUAACCAAAUCAAGUCACAAAUUGAUUUUCUACAAACAAACUAAAAUGCAUGAGAUAGUUGAUGACGAGUAUCCGAGGUUGAUGUUCGAGUUCAAGCAAUUCAGCGAGCUAACCGUCUCCGAAACGAUUGGCCAGCGUAUACACGACUGGGCACCCAGAUGCUUAUCGCAAAAGUUUAAAGAAUUUAAACUUCUUGAAGGCAAUGUGUACGACAUCACAAAUUUUGCACUUGUGGAAGACAAAAGUGCAUUCAAGAUAACCAAAUCAAGUCACAAGUUGAUUUUCUACAAACAAACUAAAAAGCAUGUGAUAGUUGAUGACGAGAAUCCGAGGUUGAUGUUCGAGUUCAAGCAAUUCAGCGAGCUAACCGUCCCCGAAACGAUUGAUCCUUGCACACCU